GGAAGCUGGAGGCAUCGAGCAGCUCGUAUGAAGCUCCUGAUCUGUAAGUUCUGAGACUUGCAUGUCAGUGUUGGACUGGUCAGUACUGGUCAGUACUGGAGAGAUUGGUGGGACACUGUUGGCUGAUGUUUGGACCCACAGAGAGGAGGAUCAGGAUCUGUGUACAGAGAGGACCGGGAGUCUGGAUGAUGGAGAGUUUGGCUUUACUCUGUCUGAGUAUCUCAGUAAUGAUGCUCAGCGCUGCGGGAAGUGCCGCACCCGCACCCGACCUCUACUCCCGGGGACUGGACUGGCUCACCAGAUACGGGUACCUCCCUCCUCCAGAUCCACGAACAGGACGACUGCAAACCAGAGAGGGAAUCGAGGCAGCGAUCAAACAGAUGCAGAGAUUUGCAGGCCUGAAGGAGACCGGACAACUUGACAGGGACACGUUGAAGCUGAUGUCCACGCCGAGAUGCUCGCUGCCGGACGUGGUGGGAAGCGAGGACAUGCUGAGGAGGAGGAAGAGAUACACACUCUCGGGCUCGCAGUGGGAGAACACUAAUCUGGACUGGAGUGUUCUGAGUUACCCCACGCUGCAGUCCUCCCUGAAGGAAGAUCUCGUGGAGACCAUCAUGUACUAUGCCCUCAAAGUCUGGAGCAACAGCACCAACCUCCAGUUCCUACAGCGCCCCAAAAAUAAUGCCAACCAGGCCGCAAUACGCAUCUCAUUUCAUCGCUCUUUUCAUGAGGACGGGUACCCGUUCGAUGGCAAAGGUGGCACGCUGGCUCAUGCCUUCUUCCCCGGCCAGGCCGACAUCAGCGGGGACACACACUUCGACGACGAGGAGACGUGGACGUAUGGGGCACCGGAUGGAGUCGGCACUGACCUCUUCACUGUGGCCGUGCACGAGUUCGGCCAUGCGCUGGGUCUCUCUCAUUCCUCUGCCGACCCCUCCAUCAUGCGCCCGUAUUACCAGGGAUCCGUGGGAGACAUCGCCAACUACAGACUUCCCAUGGACGACCAGCUCGCCAUUCAGGCUCUGUACGGAAUCAAAUCAAAUCGAGCAACGACGCCUCACGUUCAUCCUACACCACGUCUGCCUGAGAUCCCCAAAUCCCCCACACCUAGAGAACAUGUACCACCAGACCCCGGCUACCAGGACCGCUGUGAGGGAGGAUUUGACGCAGUAGCAGAUAUCAGAGGAGAUGUCUUCUUUUUUAAAGGACCGUACUUCUGGAGGAUCCAGCGUUCAGGAUCUUUAGUGUCUCUCGCUCCUGCUCAGAUUAAAAACUUCUGGAUCGGACUUCCACCUGACGUAGAGAAGAUAGACGCCGUUUACGAGAGAAAGACCGACAGCCACAUCGUCUUCUUCAUCGGCUCACAGUUCUGGGUGUUCAAGGACACGAAGGCAAUGCCCGGAUACCCACGGCCUCUGUCUAACUGGGGCAUGAGGACUCUGGAUGGAAGGCUGGUGGACAGAGUCGAGGCGGCGUUUGUUUGGGCCCAUAAUGGUCAGACAUACCUGUUCAGUGGUGGAGAGUUCUGGAGGUUUAGCGAGAGACCGGGAACCAGGGUACCACAACCUGAUGCGGACUACCCACGAAAAGCCUCACUGUGGAAGGGCGUGCCCGGCCAUCCUGAUGACAUCAUCAGCUGGGGAAAAGCUGGAGACACGUACUUCUUCAAGGAUAACUCUUACUGGGCUCUUAAGAGAGGGGGGAUGGACCAGGAGGUAGUCAGUCCCAAAUCCACUGCAGUAGAUUGGAUGCAUUGUUCUACACCACCACCAUCCACCCAGUCCCCCAACAACCCCUGCUCAUGGGCUGGCAAGUGCAGAUGCCCCCCUAAUGACGCCUCCAAACUCACGGGACAUUCAUGGCUCCUUAUUGUGAUCCUGUUUCAGUGCGUUACUGGGUUCAUUUAGGUCAGGCUGAUUAUUCAUGAAAUCCCAUGGACAUCCCACAUUAAGUGUUUGUCACUCCUAUUGCAUAUGGGUGUAUAAAAUAUGUAUAUAAAAGGAACCACGGUGGAUGGCAUCACUUAAAAAUAAGUAGUCAGGAUUAAACCUGGUCUCUAGUGUCCUGAACCUCAACUACACUUCUGAACACCUCAGAGAUAAACUGGAACACAGACUGCCUGACCUCACAGUUCAUUCUCCAGUUAAAAGCCCUCCCAGAUAACUGGAGGCAUUUACAGCCACUAAGCGAGGGUCAGCUCUCUAAAUUAAUGCUCAUGGUUUUACAGCUGGAUGUUAAAUAAGCUCAUGCUCGGGUGUCCACAUGCAUCCGGCCAUAAAGUGUGUUUGCAAUAAUAAAGAUGCAAAUAUCA